GAUAUUCUUCAUGAACUUGAAAAUGAAUUUUAUGCUCAUAAAUUCAAUAAAUAUAUUGACAAAGAUAUUGAAAAUAAAGUUAUAAAACAUCCAAUAUCCUUAUUUACUAUAAAUUUAAAAUUAAAGAAUAAUCAAUAUACAAGUUUAGAAGAGUUUGAGAAAGAUAUUCGUUUAAUAUUUCAUAAUUGCUAUACAUAUAAUAAUGUUGAAAGUGAUAUAUAUUGUUUAGGUGAAACAUUAGAAUCUAUUUUUAAUAAAAAAUGGAAUGAA